AAAAGAGUGGAUGAGGAAGGAAAGACUGCAGUAGUAGUGCUAAAAUAAGAGGGAGGGUCUCCUGUGGGGGAACAAGUGGAGUGGAAAUCAACAAAAAAAUAGUUGGAUGAAGUUAUUUGGUCAGGAUGGGCUAUGAUCUGGAGAGGUUUGUGGGCUAUGUGAAUGAGGGUCUUCUGUGCUGUGUGUGUCGAGACGUGUUGCAGCGCCCCCUCCAGGCGCCCUGUGAACAUGCUUAUUGCAGCGCCUGCAUCAGCAGCUGGCUGGUCCAUCACCACUCCUGCCCCGAGGACAGACUUCCGCUGGAUGUGGGCAGUCUCAAACCACUGUACAGGUACAUGCGUAAUGACCUGAACCGCCUGCAGCUGCGUUGUAUGAAUGCAGGGCAGGGUUGUGAGGUGGUCUGCUCCCUGGAGAACAUGCACACACAUGAGGAUGAGUGCGAGUUUGCCUUCAUCUCCUGCUCUAACACAGGUUGUCCUGUGCAGGUAGAGAGGCGGGGUUUGGAGGCUCACCUGUCAGAAUGUAAUUUCCGCAGCAGGGAGUGUCCCAACGGCUGUGGACACACACUUCUCUCCAUUGACCAAUCACAGCAUAACUGUGUAGCCGAGCUGCGCACAGAAGUGGAGAUGCUCAGGGCAGAGAUGCUGUGCAAGGUGGAGGAGGUGAGGCGAGAGAUGGAGUCUCGGUUGGACUCGCAGAGGAGACACAUGGUGCAGAAAGAGUCGCAGCUGAAGAACGACAUGGAGGAGCUCAAGGGUCAGUUGUCCCGUGUGAUGUGUGACAUGCGAGCCCUGUUGGGAGCAGAGCGUCUGAGAAGACAGGAGAUGGCAGAAGCCGAGCUAGAGAAAAGGGAACUGAUGGAGCUCCUCCGAGAUCUGCAGCCAACCAGGAGUCAGCAUCCUGUCGAACAGCAGGCGUCCAUGGACCAGAAGACAUGUGGCUGGGAGCUACACACCGAGCCGACAAGACACCAGCAGAGGGAGACGUCUUUUCAGGCUUCCAGUCUGUCACUACAUUCAGCUCAGGCCACCAUAUCGGGGCCACCUCCAUCACCUCAGCUGGGAGCAGGGACGCGCAAGGGCGGCACCAGGAGCCUGACUCUAGACUGCAUCAAGAGGAAGAGUCGGGAGGUGACGGUCAUCUGAGGACACUGGACUGGUGGGAGAUUAGUCAACCCAGAAAAGAUGAAAUCUUUAUUUUUGUAAUAUUUGGCUAACCAUUUAUUAAUGAAAAUAGUGUGCGUACAGUACGUAGCUUCUGGAAUAAUACGUUUAAAAAAAAAAAAAAAAUGUAACCAAGGAGAGAAAAAGUCUGCUGUGGAACGAACCACGUGUGGUGUUUGAAAGGUUUCUUUUGGUAAUUCAACAAACUAAAGUGAUCUCGACUGUGUGUGAAAGUGAAGAGACAUUCAUUCCUUUUGACGACUCACUACUGAUCUGAUCUGCAAACAGAUCAUUGUGUAAUGUAUCUUGGAUUUUGUAUCCCUCAGGUUUUUAAUUAAAAUAGUUCAAUUCAUUUUCUUGAUCUCAAAUGAUUCCUAGUUUCCUCAUUCGUGAUCAAUCGGA